UGAUUUGACAGAUUUAAAUAAUCAAAACACAGAAAUGGCACGAAGACGCUCUAAAAAGAACAGCAAAAAAUUAAUUAAAAAAAUUAUUCAAUCUAAAAAAUUAAAAACGAAUAGAAAAGCUUCAGAAAUGAGUUCACAAGAGGAAGAAACAAAAUCAACAAAACGACGUACUCGAAUGAAUUUUAGUGAGGAACAGAUUUGCUAUUUGGAAGAUUUUUUUGGAAAUACUUGUCAUUAUCCGGAUUCCUAUCAAAAGGAAGGUGGGAGGAUUUUAAAAACGAAUACUGUAUUCUUUUUAAUAAUGCGACCGGACGGUUUAUUUUUCAACCAUCCUCUAGUGUGUCGGUUUAUUAGAAGGGGUCGGUCUAAUAGAGAGAGUCGCACUAUUUGA